AUUAUUAGGAAAAACAGUGAUGAGGUUCACGGCUUUCUUCUCCGAACCGGCGGCGAGAGCCGUCCGCAGAUCAGGCUUAUGCAAGUUCGCCGUCCUCGUUGCCGUCAGCGGUGGGGGUGUUGUUGCAUAUGCUGAUGCAAGUUCUAAUCAUACUGAAUUUUCACAAGGAACUCCCAAGAAGAAAUUGGUUGUCCUCGGAACAGGCUGGGCUGGUACCAGUUUUUUGAAGAAUUUGGACACCUCCUUAUAUGAUGUUCGAGUCGUAUCACCUCGUAAUUACUUCGCAUUCACUCCUCUGCUACCAAGCGUCACAUGUGGCACUGUUGAGCCGCGCAGCAUUGUCGAACCAAUUCGCAGUAUCACACAAAAGAAAACUGGACCCGUCGGAUUUUUUGAGGCUGAGUGUUAUAAGAUUGAUCCUGCAAACAAGAAAGUAUUAUGCAGAUCAAGCAUUGGAACAAAUUUGGAUGGCAAUGGAGAAUUUGAAUUAGAUUAUGAUUACCUGGUGGUUGCUCUUGGAGCCAAGUCAAAUACCUUCAACACUCCUGGUGUCACGGAGCACUGCCAUUUUCUCAAGGAAAUUGAGGAUGCUCAGAGAAUCCGUAGAAGCGUGAUGGACUGCUUUGAGAAAGCGAGCCUGCCAUCCUUGAGUGAAGAAGAAAGGAAGAAGAAUCUUCAUUUUAUUGUUGUUGGAGGUGGUCCAACUGGCGUUGAAUUUUCUGCAGCUUUACAUGAUUUCAUCAAAGAAGAUCUGUCUAAGUUAUAUCCUGAUAUCAAAGAUUUGGUGAAAAUAUCAUUAAUUGAGGCUGCAGACCGUCUCUUGACUAUGUUUGACAAGAGGAUCACUGAAUUUGCUGAGGAGAAGUUUAAGAAGGAUGGCAUUGAUGUAAAAAUGCACUACAAAGUUGUAAAGGUCUCUGAUAAGGCCAUUACAAUGACAAACACAGCCGCUGGUGAGGUUAACGUUCCAUAUGGCAUGGUUGUUUGGUCUACUGGAAUCGGAACUCGGCCUAUCAUGUUAGAUUUGAUGAAAGAAAUUGGUCAGGGUGAUAGGCGUGUCUUAGCGACUGAUGAAUGGCUUAGAGUCCUUGGAUGUGAGAAUGUAUAUGCACUGGGUGAUUGUGCCACAAUAACCCAAAGAAAAGUUAUGGAGGAUAUUUGUGCAAUUUUUAAGGUUGCUGGCAAAGGAAAUUCUGGCACUUUAACUGUAAAAGAAAUUAAAGAUGUUUUAGAUGACAUCAUCGAAAGGUAUCCUCAAGUGGCGCUCUAUAUGAAGACCAAGCAAAUGAAGGAUUUUUCCGAUUUGCUGAAAGAUUCUGAAGGUGAUUCUUUCAAAGAAUCUGUAGAACUUGACGUUGAACGUUUCAAGAAAGCCCUUGCACAGGUAGAUUCGAAAGUCAAGAUACUUCCUGCGACUGCUCAAGUUGCAGCACAGGAGGGAGAGUAUCUUGCUAGAUGCUUCAACAAAAUGAAGAAAUGUGAAGAAAAACCUGAAGGCCCUCCGCGUAUAAGAGGGACAGGCCGCCAUCGAUUCAAACCCUUCAGGUACCGGCAUUUUGGACAAUUUGCACCUUUGGGUGGAGGGCAAACAGCUGCGCAGCUUCCUUAUGAUUGGAUUUCCAUAGGACACAGCACCCAAUGGCUUUGGUACUCCGUCUAUGCAAGCAAACAAGUCAGUUGGCGCACAAGAUUUCUGGUGAUAUCAGACUGGAUGAGGAAAGUCGUAUUUGGGAGGGACUCCAGUUGCAUCUAA